AGUGGUUGGCAACGUAUCAAUAGUAUUAGUCCUGAUACUUCAACUAAUUAGAACAUAUUUAGCAUUACAAUUAGGGAAAGAGUGGAAAAGUAUUACACAAAAAAAAUGUAUACAGCUCUAAAGAAAUUCACUUGAAGGAUCUCUCAAAGACAUCACUUUAGUAUUUACUAUUUAGGUGCAGUAAAUUCUAUGGAUACCAUGGCAUGUAAUAAAGGGCAACAUGUGAGAAAAGCGAAGAAGAAGCAGGUGAAAGACGAAUUGGAUCGUCUGAAACAGGCUGAGAAGAAGAAAAGGCGCUUGGAAAAAGCACUUGCUACUUCUGCAGCCAUUAUUUCUGAACUGGAGAAAAAGAAACAGAAAAAGAAAGAAGAGCAGCAGAGACUCGAUGAAGAGGGUGCUGCUAUUGCUGAGGCUGUUGCUCUGCAUGUUUUACUUGACGAAGACUCGGACGAUUCCUGUAAGGUUGUGAUAGAUAAUGGUGGGUGCAAGACCUGGAACUGCAACCGAAAUCUCGGCAUCUCUGUGGGUGGAGAAAGUGGUUGCUUCCCUCAUCUAGAUGGUGGCAGAUGGUCUUUUGAAAGAGUGGGUUGGGUCUCUGAUGCAUACAGAUAUGGUUGCAAGUGGGGUGGUGGUGAAAAUGGAGAAUGGUCAUUCUCAUCAGACCCUUUUGAGAAAAACGUGAACGAACCACUAUAUGAAGGUGCAGGAUGGGGACCUGCAGGUUUCUCUGCUGAUCUCAUAGCAGCACAAGCAGUUUCAGCUCUGCAGAUUGCUGAGGAGGCAGAUGAAGAUAGGAUUCUGUUUUAAGUUUUAAGGGCAUGCAUGUUGAGGUGAUAGAAAUUAAGAAUCAUAGAAACUAAGAAUAACUGUUUGUGGUGGUGACUGGAUGAAGUCUUUUGCUGCUUUGAUUGAAGAUAUAUAUGCGUGUAUAUAUAUAUAUGAUGUUAUAACUAUGAGUCUUGUCCAUGUCAAACACUUUCUGCUUCUGUUGGGAUUGAAAUGUUGCAGCAGUGUGACCAAUGUUUUAUUAUUGAUUAUCUUUUAACUUUAUGUUAAUGUGAGGCUUCUAAUUUCC